AUGAGUGGCCGCGACGAAUAUUACCGCGUCCACGCUGACCUGGUCAACGCCUUCUUUCGCGCCUUUGCGCCUGACUUUGACAUGCCAUCGCUAAUACCUUGUCAACCCACGGAAGACUCUUCCGACGAUCCCUCCAAAAAGACAGCCAAAACUUCAACCGAGAAAGUUGCUGGAGCUGCCGAAGUCUAUUGUUCUUGUAAAGACACGGAAUCGAGACCUUGUCAACCCACGGAAGACUCUUCCGACGAUCCCUCCAAAAAGACAGCCAAAACUUCAACCGAGAAAGUUGCUGGAGCUGCUGAAGGCGAUCUCAGUGAGUCUUCACCACCAGAAAAUAGUUCUGAUUCCGAUUUGGAACUCAACAACACAGUUGUUGCCGCUCAACUCGAACCUGUUGCUGAUCAGGUCGAUGUUUCCAACCAGGUCGAACCCGUAGUCGUUCCCGCUGAACCCGUAGCCGUUCCCGCUGAACCCGUAGUCGUUCCCGUGCGUCCGCGACCCGUUAUCGAAUACGAACUGGACAAUGAUGAAGAUCCUGAAUACGAAUAUUCGUAA